UGCGGCUUGUAAGAAUAGGCACUGACUUGAUAGCACAUAAUCAGUGAUUUUCAGAAAUGACUGUAAAGGUAGAUACUCCAUAGGUAAAAUCUGUUUAGGCCAUAUUCAGCUAUUCAUCUGGAGAAGCCUCCAGCAGCGCACAACCCUCCAACGCCGCCGUGGUUCUCUGUUUCCCGACGGAACGGAGGUGGAGAGGACGGAUCGGGCGGGAGCAACCCCCACUUACACCAUCACCUCGUUUCUCCUUCCAGCGUUGUUCUGGUAGGUCUUGAAUAAAAAAAGAAGAGAUGGCCUUGAAGGUAGCUGUACUUCUGAGCUGUGUGCUGGGAAUUAGUACUCUGAACCUAGAAGACCCUGAGGAUGGAGGCAAGCAUUGGGUUGUCAUCGUGGCUGGUUCCAAUGGCUGGUAUAACUACAGGCACCAGGCUGAUGCAUGCCAUGCUUACCAAAUUGUGCAUCGGAAUGGUAUACCAGAUGAACAAAUCGUUGUUAUGAUGUAUGAUGACAUUGCUUAUAAUGAUGAAAAUCCAACCAAAGGCAUUAUUAUUAAUCGCCCAAAUGGCACAGAUGUAUACAAAGGAGUAUUAAAGGACUACACAAACGAUGAUGUAACACCACAGACCUUCCUUGCCGUGCUGAGGGGUGAUGCGGAAGCAGUAAAUAAAGGAUCAGGAAAAGUAAUACGAAGUGGCCCCAAGGAUCACAUAUUUGUUUACUUCACGGAUCAUGGCGCCCCUGGAAUUCUGGCUUUUCCAGAUGAUGAUCUCAAGGUGCAACACCUGAACAAGACAAUUAGGUAUAUGUACCAUCAUAAAAAAUACCAAAAGAGAUUCCUAAAUGUUUUUUACAUUGAAGCAUGUGAGUCUGGAUCAAUGAUGGAAAAUUUACCUAAAGAUAUUAAUGUUUAUGCCACAACAGCAUCUAACCCUGAGGAAUCUUCAUAUGCGUGUUACUAUGAUGAAAAGAGAGAAACAUACCUGGGGGAGUUGUACAGUGUCAAAUGGAUGGAAGAUUCUGAUGUGGAAGAUUUGAAAAGAGAAACCCUCCACAGGCAGUUUGUGAUAGUAAAGAAUCACACCAACACGAGUCAUGUGAUGCAGUAUGGAAACAUUGUGAUAGUGCAGUUCCAGGGCUCAAAAGGGAAUUCCAGCUCCCCAUUUCCAUUGCCGCCAGUCGAUCACUAUGACCUCACACCUAGCCCUGAUGUGCCCCUUGCAAUUAUGAAGCGAAAACUGAUGGCCACCAAUGACCCCUAUGAAGCAAAGGCAUCAAAAGAGAUGAAGACACAUCUGGAGGAGAAAACGAUGCCUUUGAAUUGUGGUGCUAGGAAAAAAAAUCAGCUGAUAAGCCAGACAGGUGAUUCAGGAUCAAUGCACAAGAUUAUGAUUUUAAUAACGUCUCUAAAGAGCAUGCAGAUCAAAUCUUGUCAUCUAGAUGGAACCUCAGAAAAUUAUGACUGUUACGAGUCAGCAAUGGAUCACUUUAAAAAAACAGUUAUAAACUGGCACAAUCCUUUGUAUGAAUAUGCUCUGAGACAGCUGUACGCCUUGGUCAAUGUUUGUGAAACAGGGUAUCCCGUUGACAGAAUACAGUUGGCCAUGGAUCAAGUGUGCCUUGGAUAACUAUCCAUUCCAGUAAAAUCUACCUCCUUUCAAUCAAUUAAUCAAUAACCAUGACAUUAACCUGGAAUAAUCAACAAGGAAUUAAAGCAAAAUCAUUUACAGGCAUAUGUUACAAAGCAACAAGCCCAUAUUAUUUUUAAAACAAGUGACUGGGUCCUACACUUUAAAGUUUCACAGUAUGCGGUGUUGUGGUCCCACCCAGUCUGCGUUUUACCUCCAGGAGCUGCUUCUGGAUUUCCCUGGUUCUUCAGAGCCCGCCCAGUUGCCACCUGAAUUUCUCUGGGUCAGCCUGUGAUACUUUAUUUGUAAUAUUUUACGAAUGGGCUGAUUGCAGAAGCUCUUCUUUUAAAUUGAAAUAUGUUUAGUUAUAAUCCUUUUACAGAGGCUUUGGGUGUCUCAACCAUUUACAGGUUAUAGAUUUCCCAAAAUUCCCUUUUAUGAAUGUAAUAAUCUUGGUUUUUAUAAUUGUAGGUCAGUGCUUUCAUGAUUUGAAGGAUACAUUAUUAAUUUAAAAGUUUACAUUGCAUGGCUCAAGAAUAAAAAGCCAUCCAUCUCCCCCACCCCAUUAAAGCUGGGUGAGGGGGGAAACGUGCUGCAAUGCUUUAACAUGAUUCAGCUUCAUUAAGGGAACGAAUCACGGUCUCUAAGCUCAGGAGUGAUGGAAGCAUUAUUUUUCAGCUACUCCUGAAAGAGAAUAUACAUUGUGUUUGUUUUUAAGUCUGAUGUAUGUUUACAAAAGUUAAUAGGAGACAUUGCCGUAUUUAGGGCAAUCUUUGAAUUAAAAAGUUGAUAAACCAUU